CUCCCGCUCUGUCUGUCUCUCUCUCUCUCUCUCUGCAUCCUUACUGCAUUAUGCUGUAGGCCCGGGAGCCAGAGGAACGAUGGAAAAAUAUUCCGAUCCCUACCAUCAUUCGAUGAAAACUGUGGCUUUGAUCCAUCCCGGUUUCCCGUUACGCUCUAAGGUGAGUAAGAAAAUGUAGUAGGAAGGAAGCGGAGAAGAGAAGCCUCGAGCCUUGGAUAGGAGUGGGGUCCUCUCCUCCCAGGAUUUCAUCCUCCCAGUUACCCAAUCGCACAAUGUCAAAGAAGGGAACCGGAGGUCGAGGAAAGGGAGAGAAGCUGGAUGCCUUAUCUGCCUUGCAGGCCGCCAAUGAAGAACUCAGGGCCAAGCUCACCGACAUCCAAAUAGAACUGCAGCAAGAAAAGAGUAAGGUCAGCAAGGUGGAGCGGGAGAAGAACCAGGAAAUCAAGCAAGUCAAAGAGCACGAGCAGCAUAAAAACAUAGUCCUGGUGACCGAGCUGAAGACGAAGCUUCACGAGGAGAAGAUGAAGGAGCUUCAGGCCGUCCGCGAAAACCUUCUGCGGCAACACGAGGCUGAGCUCUUGCGAGUCAUCAAAAUUAAAGACAACGAGAACCAGCGGCUUCAGGCCCUCCUCAAUGCCCUGAGGGACGGGGCCCCGGAGAAAGUCAAAACGGUGCUCUUUACCGAAGCGAAAGAAGAAGCCAAGAGAGGGUUCGAGUUUGAGAAGAUUAAGAUGCAGCAGGAGAUUUCGGAGCUCAAGGGGGCCAAGAAGCAAGUGGAAGAAGCUCUGACGAUCGUCAUCCAAGCGGAUAAAAUUAAGGCGGCGGAGAUAAGGAGUGUGUAUCACCUUCAUCAGGAGGAGAUCACCCGCAUCAAGAGAGAGUGCGAAAGAGAAAUCCGUCGGCUGAUGGAGGAGAUCAAAUUUAAAGACAGAGCAGUCUUCGUGCUGGAAAGAGAGUUAGGGGUUCAAGUCGGGCAUGCUCAGAGACUCCAGCUUCAAAAGGAGGCUUUAGAUGAACAACUUGCCCAGGUCAAAGAGUCUGAUCGGCUUCUAAGCAGCCCCAAAAGGGAACUUCCUUAUCCGGGUGCUUCUGGAGAUGCUUCAGAUCAUUCAGGAAGUCCCGAACAGCAGUUGGAUGAGAAAGACGCCCGCCGCUUCCAGCUGAAAAUUGCCGAAUUGAGCGCGAUCAUCAGGAAGCUGGAAGAUCGCAAUGCCCUACUGUCAGAAGAAAGAAACGAACUGCUGAAACGCCUCCGAGAGGCUGAAAGUCAGUACAAACCCCUGCUGGAUAAAAACAAACGUCUCAGUCGGAAGAAUGAAGAUCUAUCCCAUUCUUUACGUCGAAUGGAAAAUAAAUUAAAGUUUAUUCAACAAGAAAACAUAGAGAUGAGACAAAGAGUUGGAGCGAUUAGAAGGCCGAGCUCCUUGAACGAUCUCGACCAGAAUCAGGAAGAAAGGGAAGUUGAAUUUUUGAAACUUCAAAUCGUGGAACAGCAGAAUUUCAUCGAUGAGCUCUCCAAGACCCUUGAAACCGCUGGCUACGUAAAGAGUGUAUUGGAACGUGAUAAGCUCUUACGGUAUAGGAAACAGAGAAAGAAAAUGGCAAAACUCCCCAAGAAGCCGGUGGUGGAGACAUUCUUCGGUUACGACGAUGAAGCUUCCUUGGAAUCUGACGGUUCUUCAAUAUCCUAUCAGACCGACCGAACGGAUCAGACCCCGUGCACUCCCGAGGAAGACUUGGAAGAGGGAAUGGCCAGAGAAGAAACCGAGCUGCGAUUUCGGCAGUUAACCAUGGAAUACCAGGCCUUGCAGCGAGCCUAUGCUUUGUUGCAGGAGCAGGUCGGAGGAACGUUGGAUGCAGAACGAGAAGUUAAGACUCGUGAGCAGCUACAAGCAGAAGUCCAUAGAUCCCAAACCCGGAUCGAAGACUUGGAAAAAGCCCUCGCUGAACAAGGGCAGGAUAUGAAGUGGAUUGAAGAAAAGCAAGCCUUAUAUAGAAGAAAUCAGGAGCUGGUAGAAAAGAUCAAACGGAUGGAGAUCGAAGAGGCUCGAUUAAAGCACGAUGUCCAGGACGUCAAAGAUCAGAACGAACUUUUGGAGUUCCGGAUAUUAGAACUUGAGGAGAGGGAGCGGAAAUCGCCCGCCAUGAAUUUCCACCACAUCCCAUUUAUAGAGGGAAAGAGUCCGUUGCAGGUCUAUUGUGAGGCAGAAGGUGUCACGGAUAUUCUAGUAGCAGAGUUGAUGAAGAAACUGGACAUUUUGGGGGAUAACGCCAAUCUGACCAACGAGGAGCAGGUGGUGGUCAUCCAGGCCCGGACCGUCCUCACCUUGGCCGAGAAGUGGCUCCAGCAGAUCGAGGUGACCGAGUCAGCCCUGCAGCAGAAGAUGGUGCAUCUGGAGAACGAGAAGGAGCUGUUCAGCAAGCAGAAGGGCUACUUGGACGAGGAGCUGGACUACCGGAAGCAGGCAUUAGACCAGGCCCACAUGCAAAUCCUGGAGCUGGAAGCCAUGCUGUACGACGCUCUGCAGCAGGAAGCCGGAGCCAAGAUGACCGAAAUCCUGUCCGAGGACGAGCGGGAGAAGCUGAAGCUCGCCGUGGACCAGUGGAAGAGGCAGAUGAUGAGUGAGCUGCGGGAGCGGGACGCCCAGAUCUUGCGAGAGAGGAUGGAGUUCAUCCAGCACGCUCAGCAGAGAAUUAAAGAGUUAGAAGAAAGAAUCGAAGCUCAAAAAAGGCAAAUAAAGGAACUGGAAGAAAAGCCUUCAUUCUUUGGUCAUAGCUCAAACGGUAUCCUGAAAGGCCCUCAGAAGAAACCAGGAAUCCUUUCCCCAUCACCGGACCAGACCACCGUGGUUAGAAGAAGACAAGUCAUCGUGAUUUCAAGACGUCAAAUCUAUAUUUUGUCCCCGAAAACAGAGGAAGAUUGAUUCUCUGUCACCCCUGGACCGGAGAAAAGGAGAGAAAAAGAGGUGGAUUCAAUUAUGUGCGGUUUUCUUCAGUACCUCCUUCUCGAGUGACUGUACACUUUUAAGAAGCCCGAAUUAGGAGUAUCAAAGAAGGAAAGCCAAUAAAAAGACUACCUAGUUUUACUUCUGAAGGCGUCGCCAAAAGAAACCUGCCGUCUGCUGCUCGUAACGACCGUCAGCUUUACGCGAAAAGCAGAAUACCGAUUCUGGUUGAGAGAAUAUAUUUCGGUUCCCUGCCGAGCAGGGAGUAGGACUGCUUCUGUCAAGAAGUGAUCAUAUCCGGUUUAAUCGACCUCCCGUCCACAUGCGUUGCACGGAGUUAUUUCAACACGUGUCGUGAAAGAUGAUUUUAAAAAAUCAAACGUGGGAACUUGGGCCCGGGCGCAGCGGGGAAACGGAGCACCGAUUUCAGUGGAGAAACCAACUGGGCUUCUGAGGGUCACUCCUGAGGAUUUCGCUUUCUCUUUUCACGGCUCACGAUGCGUAUUGCGUCCCCCCGGGUAUCUCACGCCCCGAACGAUGGCGUGAAAUCCGGGCACCCGGGAGGUUUUUAUCCCUUUUGCAAUUUCAGCUUUUCGGGUGCCGUUUUCAACCCACCGUGGACGGUGCCCCCGAGUGAGGAGAUUGGUGCUAUCUGCGAUACUCCGCGCCCGAAAUCUGCAACCUGGAUUCACACCCCGGCACGAGGUCGGACCCCUCCCCCAAAACGGGUGCUGAACCCCUACGUUCGGAGGGCUGGAGCGGAAAAACCGAGGAAGCGAACGGAGGACAACUCCACGGCCCUCACGUCCACAUCCACGAUUCAUUUAUUUCUGUCGACGUCCGUCUCCCCCUCUAGGCCGUCAGCUCGUGGGCAGGGAACGUGUCUACCGGCUCCGUCCCGUUGGACUCUCCCAAGCGCUUCGUACGGUGCUCCGCACACGGGAAGCGCUCAAUAAAUACCAGCAAUUGACUGACGGCUAGGAGAGUCCCAAAAGCACAAGAGGACGUCACCUUGACCUCUCCACCGGACGCUUAGAUGCGGAAGGCCGGAAAGCCCGGGAGAGGCCGGGAGGAGCUAGAGAAGCGACCGAAAAAGUUCUCCGCUGUUCAUCACCCGAAGGGGACUGAAGUGGACGAUCCCCGAAUCCGGCCGGACCGAGGGAUGUACCGAGUGCAACAGAGCUGGAGAUUUUGACCUUAACUCUGCGACCUUUUCCACGGAAGGCACAGGAAGGAAUAAGCGGACGCCACCCUCGAUUUCGAAACCUAAGAAAGAGCUCGAAAGACGGCGUUGAAAGAGAGAAAACUCCCGGUGAACGUAGCCAUUCUUGGCUGAGAUUUCCUCUUGUCAUUCAAGCUGUUGGGGUCGGAUCUGGAUGAGGAGCAAGCCAUCAUUCCUGGGUAAGGGGGCUCUCCGGAACCUGAAUCCUUUCGGCUUCCGACGUCCGGUAGGUACCAACCCGCUUCCCAAAGCUGGGUUUCGUGGAUGAGGUUGGCAGACCGGGAACGGUAUUUCCAACCUACGUCCCUCAAGUCCGAAUCCGUUUCCGCACCCGCUGGCAACCCCUGAGGUGACACAGAUCAGCGGAACCAGGCCACUGGAAAACGACGUUAAGAAGAAGCGGGGAGGCCGCGUCGCCCUUUGGAAAGUCAACGCGUGGCCCGUACCGAGAGUCGGUUCGAAGGGCCAAGGAAAGGUGUCGUUCCUUUAUUUGUUCCUUGGGCGACGGCCGUCCGUCUCACUUCUACCGCAGGGGAGUUGGGGGGUGGGGGAUUGGCUCUGGAGCCGACGUUUCCGUCGUCUUGGAGUUGAAGCGUCUCAUUUUCGGGACCGAGAUGGAGGUACGGCGAGAGGCGGGGGUCGUACUACGAUCUCCCGAUGCGUGCCGUCCCGGGACCGGCGGACGACGACGGAGACCACGUUUUCAUCCGAGGGAUGGCUGAGCCAUUGCCGAACCGUCGGUGUAAAAGCCGAUGGGAAAGUGUCGAAACCCGCGUCCCUUCGGGGAGUCCGUGACUACGGAGACGGAGUAACGUUCCCCUAGCCGAGACUGGGGACGUCAGUGCUGCUAUUCGUGUGACGUGGACGUGUGUAG